AAGCAAUAUGUCGUCAUCAAAGUGCGACAAGAAUGGCGCUACUAGUUUUAAAGGCACAGUGCCGCCUCGGGUAAAAUAUAACCCAAAACCGACUAUGGCUAAUUUGACAAUUUUCAGCAUUUUAACCUUAUCUUGUUAACCGAGCUCUCUACACUCAUGGACGUAUUUGAGUAUAUAAAUUCGUGGAUGUAUUGCAGUUUUAUGCGAUAAAUUUGUAAGACGUCACAAAACUGCGACAGAAAAUGUCGCAAAACUCUUAAAGGUACAGUACAAACAAGUAACCCAAAGGAAUAGUCGAAGAAAUUUCAAUAAAUUUGUCAUGUGUCUUUACAAAGACUUCUCAAAAUGGAGAAAAUGUUGUUUUUUAGAAAGUAUUUGAAGGAAAAUGACUUUUCCCUAAUUUGUUAAUAAUUCUGGCUAAAUUUGUUUUUUUUUCAUUGAGUUUUUCCUGCAUAUUAUUAUGAUAACAAAAUAUAGUAUUUAUUCUCUAACAUUCUUUUUGUACAAUAAUCAACCUAUCUAUAGUUUAAGUUUUAUUUUAAAUCCAUUUAAAUAAACCUACUAUUUUGAAUGCUACUUGUAGUGUGUUACUUGCUCUGUAUGUUAUUUGCACAUACAAAUAAGCACUGCCAAUUCAAAACAAAUCAUAUAAGCCUACGCAUUACCUUUACAUUUCACUGAUAAGCAAAAAGUGCACCGACGUGUAAAUUGUUUCUGAUGUAGUUUGUUCAAAAUUUACAUGGGAAAAGCCAAAUCAGCAGUUUUGGCGGCAGUUUGCCAAUGCUGCACAUCAAUAAGCCGCAUAGCCAAUUAGCCUUGGUGGAGCAAUUAGCAGCCUCUAUUAGCAUAUCAGCAUCGAUAAGGAAGGAAUGGUGUGAUCUUAACAAAGUGAUACAGUCGCAGUGUCAUCACAUCACUCAUGACCUUCAAGAGCUGGCUCAAACUCGAUCAGAAGCACUGAGCAACUCACUAUGCAGAUAAAAUAAUUGGGGAGUUUUUGAGUCUGGGAAAGCCCUCAAAAUAUCCAUUAACUGUACUUGGCCUGCCCAGCAAUUAUAGAAGGCCCUUAGCAACCUUAACAAGACCAUAUCUACCAAAUCUGCAACCCACAGCACUUCUUCUCCACUCUCCAAAGUGUGUGUGUUUGUGCGUGUGUGUUGCCUAAAUGCUGGUGAGGUUCUUUCACAAAGUUUUCAGGGACGCACGGAUCGAUGUCGGCUUUAAAUAGGGACACAAAUACCUGCAGGGAGCAUUAAUCUCAAUACUUUGGAUGCUGUCUAAGAGGCGGACGUUUUGCUGAUCCCGACGCAUAGACAAUGUGUGUUUGUGUAUGUGUGUCCUACAAUUGAGUUUUUUCAAAGCCAAAGUUUGUUUGCAAAAGGUUUUUCUUCACCAACUAAAUGGCAAAUAAAGAAAACACAACAUGCAAACAAACACAAUGGCACAUGCACACAAAAAUACGCACUCAGGAACAUGCUAAUUUAAAGGUGUGCAUUAUAACGCACUCUCCAAAACACGCACGCAAACGUGUGCGUGCGUGCACACGAGGGAUUUGCAGCGGCCAUGUUUGCGGUUGGACAGCUUGUCGGUUGGAUUGGCGGCGUGACGUCAGAAUGGCGCUACCUGCAGAGUACCUCUGCUGCAGGCCGAGAUUAGCCACAACAGGGACAGCGUCUGAUAAUCUUGUAAAGGUUGUGGAGAUUGUGGUAGUGGUGGGGGGGUACUAACACAAUCAUACCACUCCCCCCACCACCAAUGCCCCCAAUGCCAUCCCACCCUGACCCCCCACUCCAGGACUCUGAAGAACGGCAUGAUGUCAGCGUGCAGGUAAGCAGUGUGUUUGGUUUUGUGUGUGUGUGCGCGCUGGAGCAUGUGGCAGGAGAUUAAUGACACUCGAGAAUGUCGUUGGAAAUAGUUUUGAAACGGUGCACAAGUGGUUAGCAGUUGCGCCUCGCACUGUUGCUCUGCAUUCAAAUCUUAGCGCGCAUGCACGCGUGGGCGUUCUCCGUGUGCUUCAGCUUCUUUUAGCAAAACAACCAAUGCUACCAUCCAAUGAGAAAUGCUAAUAUUGGCUAAUGGGUUGACAAUUAGCAUCUGAUGAUGGCGCUUCCUUUUAAGCAACACACAUACCUGAACGCAAUUGUGCCGCUGUCGGCAGAAAACAUCAACGGUGUGCUCCCUAUUCUUUAUCCUCUGCAAAGAACAGCCAAUAUUAGUGACGUAGUGAGAAGCUGAGAGAUUAGCUCAAUUACAGUAUAUCAAUAUGUCUUAUACUGCCCCCAGGUGGACGAGGUGCGUACUGCGAGAAGGCGAAAAUGUAACAUAAACAGUGGAACUAUUUUUAAUUGUGCUGAAAUACGUCCGGCCUUAGUGGAAUGAGAGAGAGAGAGAGAGAGAGAGAGAGAGAGAGAGAGAGAGAGAGAGAGAGAGAGAGAGAGAGAGAGAGAGAGAGAGAGAGAGAGAGAGAGAGAGAGAGAGAGAGAGGUAGAUUCACGCACAGAUUGUCAGACUCACUUGCAAAGGAGAUGACAGUUGCACCGUAGUAACACACGACAUUCUCUUGCAAAAGUCGUUGAACUACCGUAGUUCGUGCGUGCGCGCGCGCGUGUGUGUCGGUGCGUCCGGGCGGAUGUUUGGAGCGGGAGCCCGGGUUGCACUGCCAUCACGGACCUUCUUCUUCUUGUGGGACUUGCAGCUCGGUGGUGACUGCCCCUCGGCGUCGGCACGGCGGCGGAGCGCGAUGGGGGGCUCACGGACGAGCGCGGCCAGCGAGCACAACAGCACUUUAGCGGCGUCCUAAGCGCCGCUCACCGGGGGACCGGUGACCGGGGCGACCGCCCGGGGCGAGCGCGGGGGCCGGUCGGGGCAGAGGCGUUGGAGGAGCCGCUCCCGUCCCGUCCCGUCCCGUUCCGUCCCGCCUCUACUCCACUUGCGCUUGUGUUGAGUCGGAUGGAGCGAGUCCCGCCGGCGGUGGCCGCCAAGAUGCGCUGCUUGACGCUGCUGCUGGCCGGCUUGAGCGUGUGGGCCAAGGUGGGCUUCUGCGUGGACUACGACGACCGCGACUACGAGUAUUACGACGAUGACAGGCCCGACACCAUCGACUACAAGGACCCGUGCAAAGCCGCUGCAUUCUGGGGCGACAUUGCCUUAGACGAGGAAGACCUCGAGAUGUUCCAAAUCGACAGGACCGUGGAUCUGACGCGCACCCUGCGAGGACACACGGCGGGUGGUCUGGAGGAACCCCGAGUGGCAAAAAAGAGAGCCUCCUUGUACCUGCUGCUUGAGAGGAUACGAACUUUCGGUUUGGACUUUCUGCGGAAAAACUCCAGUCGCAAAAGUCAAAAUGGCAAAAGCGUCAAAGCGGGAUACAAAAGCCGCUUUCCUCGAGCAGCCACCUCCCGAGCCGAGAGGAUCUGGCCCGGCGGGGUCAUUCCCUACGUCAUCGGCGGGAACUUCACCGGUAGUCAGCGGGCCAUGUUCAAGCAGGCCAUGCGGCACUGGGAGAAACAAACGUGCGUGUCUUUUAUCGAGAAAACCGAUGAGGAGAGCUACAUCGUGUUCACCUACAGACCAUGUGGGUGCUGCUCCUACGUGGGUCGCCGUGGCAACGGGCCCCAGGCCAUUUCCAUUGGCAAGAACUGCGACAAGUUUGGCAUCGUGGUGCACGAGUUGGGCCACGUCAUCGGAUUCUGGCACGAGCACACGCGGCCCGACCGCGACGACCACGUCACCAUCAUACGUGACAACAUCCAACCAGGUCAGGAGUACAACUUCCUGAAGAUGGAGCCGGGCGAGGUCAACUCUCUGGGCGAGCCGUACGACUUUGAUAGCAUCAUGCACUACGCCAGAAACACCUUCUCAAGGGGGAUGUUCCUUGACACCAUCCUUCCAUCCAGAGACGAAAACGGCGUCCGGCCUGCCAUUGGCCAGCGGACUCGACUCAGUAAAGGAGACAUUGCACAGGCAAGGAAGCUCUAUAGAUGUCCAGCGUGCGGAGAGACCCUGCAAGAUUCCACCGGCAACUUCUCAUCUCCCGGUUACCCCAAUGGGUACCCUUCCUACACUCACUGCGUGUGGAGAAUAUCGGUUACGCCUGGAGAAAAGAUCGUGCUGAACUUCACCACCAUGGACCUGUACAAGAGCAGCCUGUGCUGGUACGACUACAUGGAGGUGCGCGACGGCUACUGGAGGAAAGCUCCUCUGCUGGGCAGGUUCUGUGGAGACAAACUUCCUGACGUCCUGACCUCCACCGACAGCAGAAUGUGGGUCGAAUUCCGGAGCAGCAGUAACUGGGUGGGGAAAGGCUUCUCUGCCGUUUAUGAAGCCAUCUGCGGCGGCGACAUCAUCAAAGACUCGGGACAGAUCCAGUCGCCCAACUACCCCGACGAUUACCGGCCCUCCAAAGAGUGCGUGUGGAGGAUCACCGUGUCCGAGGGAUUCAACGUGGGCCUUAGCUUUCAGGCCUUCGAGAUCGAGCGACACGACAGCUGCGCGUACGACUACCUGGAGGCGCGAGACGGGCCGCUUGAAACGAGCCCUCUGAUUGGCCGAUUCUGCGGCUACGACAAACCCGAGGACGUGCGCACGACGGCGCACACGCUCUGGAUGAAAUUCGUGUCGGACGGCACCGUCAACAAGGCGGGCUUCGCCGCUAACUUCUUCAAGGAGGAGGACGAGUGUUCCAAAGCGGACAAUGGCGGCUGUGAGCAGAGAUGCGUUAACACGCUGGGAAGUUUCAAGUGCGCCUGCGAUCCGGGCUACGAACUAGCGCCGGACAAAAAGAGCUGCGAAGCGGCGUGCGGCGGUCUUCUGUCCAAGCUGAACGGCACCAUCAGCACGCCGGGCUGGCCCAAGGAGUACCCGCCCAACAAGAACUGCGUGUGGCACGUGGUGGCCCCCACGCAGUAUCGCAUCUCCAUGCAGUUCGAGGCCUUUGAGCUGGAAGGGAACGAGGUGUGCAAGUACGACUACGUGGAGGUGCGCAGCGGCCUGUCGCCCGACUCCAAGCUGCACGGGAAAUACUGCGGCACCGAGGUCCCGGAGGUCAUCACGUCGCAGUAUAACAACAUGAGGAUCGAGUUCAAGUCGGACAACACCGUGUCCAAGAAAGGCUUCAAGGCGCAGUUCUUCUCAGACAAGGACGAGUGCAGCAAGGACAACGGCGGCUGCCAGCACGAGUGCGUCAACACGGUGGGCUCGUACGUGUGCCAGUGUCGCCACGGCUUCGUGCUGCACGAGAACAAGCACGACUGCAAGGAAGCCGAGUGCGAGCACAAGAUCCACAGCGCCAGCGGCAGCCUGAGCAGCCCCAACUGGCCCGAUAAGUACCCCAGCCGCAAGGAGUGCACCUGGGACAUCACGGCCACGCCGGGACACCGUGUCAGGAUCACGUUCAGCGAGUUCGAGAUUGAGCAGCACCAAGAGUGCGCCUACGAUCACCUGGAGGCCUUCGACGGCGACGGCGAGGCGGCGGCCAUCUUGGGGAGGUUAUGCGGCAAUAAAGUUCCCGAGCCGCUGGUGUCCACAGCCAACCGGAUGUACCUCCGAUUCAUCUCCGACGCCUCCGUACAACGGAAGGGCUUCCAGGCCACUCACGCCACCGAGUGCGGCGGGCGUCUGAAGGCGGACGCCCGGCAGAAGAACUUGUACUCGCACGCCCAGUUCGGCGACAACAACUACCCGGGCCACAGCGACUGCGAGUGGCUGCUGACGGCCGAGCAGGGCUACGGCAUCGAGCUCAGCUUCGUCACCUUCGAGGUGGAAGAGGAGGCCGACUGCGGCUACGACUUCAUCGAACUCUACAACGGCUACGACGCAGACUCGCACAGGCUCGGACGAUUCUGCGGGUCGGGGCCCAGGGAAGGAAUCUACUCACCCAGCGACGCCUUGCUGAUCCGUUUCCAUAGUGAUGACACCAUCAGCAAGAAGGGCUUCCACAUCCGCUACUCCAGCACCAAGUUCCAGGAAAGCCUUCACGCCAGGAAAUGACCUCCCGAGAACCUUCUCGUCCCAUGGACGCCGACAUUGUUACCUCCCCCCAAAAGAACACCAGGCGUGGAAUGACGCAGUGAUGGACGUCUAAGCUGCUCGUUGGAUGCCACAAUGACAAAUUGCGGAUGAACUAAAGAACCUGGAAAAAUGGAACAUUUAAGCAUCCUCCAUUCUUGGACUGUACAGACUAUUGAAUUUUUUUUUUUCCUAUUUACCGCUCCCAAAAUGGCUUCACGUGUUGUGUUGAUUGUAUGCGUGUGUGUGUGUGUGUUUGUGUGUGCCCACAAAGAGAAGAUAACAUGGAUAAAAAAAAUAUAUAUCAGACCUCCACCAAGGCCAAACAAUCUGACAAAACGUGGAGCUAACUGACUGCCAGUGCAGUUCAUUACCAGUCCAGAAGGUGGCGGUAACGCGCAGUAAAAUGGGUGCCAACACUGCUGGCUCACUUGCUCCACGUGGCUCCCAUGCAAAAGGUCUAAAAAAACAAUAAUCAAAUAUAAUAGUUUGUCAAUUACCGUAUGUAUUUGUGCUUAAUCGUGUUAACUCACAGACGAAAUGCGAUGAAAUGUAGCAUUAUUCACACUUUGGAGGUAGAAAAAUGGACAAAAUCAACUCGUUUUUUUCGAUGGAUAUCAGAAAGGGAAUCUUCACGACGGGCAAGGAAAACGUUCCCAAUGGUGCUACAAGGACGGACGGACACGACGGACAGCACUAGUCGUGUGGAACUACAUUAUUGCCUUGUCAUUUUGUAGCUGCUCGCCAUUUAAACGCACGUUCUUUUCCUGCAUCGGUGUGUAAGAGAUGAUGUACAAAGCGUGUGGAUGUCAACUGUUUUGGAAAUGGAAGAACGACAAUUCGCCCUUACGUGCCAAGCUCGAGAACAUCCCCCCCAACUCAUGUGUGUUUAAGAUUAUUAUUAAGAGUCUGUGUCUGUGACGCCGACAAGUGCUACACGUCCUCCACAUUAUUAAAGUCAACAAAGGUUGAAAAGAUCGACAAAUGCAUGACUUACCUUUUUUUUUUUGGCCGAGUGAGCCACGUCGAACCAAAAUGGACGUCCUAACGUAUCCGGUUAGUCACGGCCAAAAUGCCGGCACAAAAGUCAUGAAAAUAUCCUAAUUAAAUGUGUUAAAAGCGCAUUAAAUUGGUGUAUUAUUGUCACAACUAUCAUACAAGUGGAUAUUUAAAAAAUCGACAAGGGGUUGUUGUGAUUUAAAAAGAUGAGACCAAGAUUAAAACUUUUUCAGAAAAACAAAAAAACAGCAUGUUUUUUUUUAGAGGCACUUUAGAUGGUAAACUUUUAAAAAUAAUUGUGUUGACUCCCAUUUAACAAGUUUGAAUGUACCGAGGUACAGGUCACAUUCAUUUUGGUCUCAUUUUGUAAAUCACAAAGACCUGACAUUUGGACAUGGGUGUGUACAAUUACACAAUAUAAAAUUACAGGAAUGAGAUAUCAGAAAAAAAUUAAAUUUUGCUGUGGUCUUUUCCAGAAAUGUCUAUAAGUAAAAAAAAAAACUGUAUUAUUAUGUACAGGUAUUACAAUAUUAACUGUUUCUAAAAGUGGACUGACUUUGAUUCUUUACUUUACCACCACCUGUUGUCCAUCCGCGGUACUGCAGUGUUUUUCCCGCCCAUUCAAAGAAAACAAUAGAUUA